GGGCGCCGGGGCCCGCAGGGCUGGCCCUGUCCUCUCGGCGCUCAGGUCCGGGAGUGGGGCAGAGGGAAUCCACCGCGAAACCACCCCUGCAGAGAUCACUGCAGCUUUUUCAAGGGUCCCGCGGGGACAACUCUUACCACGAGCCCCCACCAGCGGGGACGACACAGCGAGACCCCGUCUAAAGUGCUGGCGCGGCGUCGCGCGCUCGUGUUCCCAGCUGCUCGUGCGACUGAGGGAAGAGGAAAGCGACAUAGGGGACACCCUGUCUAAAAUAACUCACUGAUCAUUUGUGCCUUAGGACAGUUACUACUGAGGUGGGGCUUGUCUCCUUCCCGAGCCUCGGGAAGAUGGGUGGGUGCCCGAGGUCGCAGCGCCGUCAGUGGCGGAGCCAGAGUCCCGUUCCGUUUGGCGCUACGCCCGGCGUCCUCACCCUCAGCGGGCAGGACGUCGGCCCGCUCCGGUCACCUCCCCCUGCCCGGAUGCGGGCUCAGCGGCCCGGGUCUCCAGCGCCCCCUUCUGACGAGGCUGGGAUCAGUUCGCCAGUCGCUCCGGGGGCCGGGGUCUCUGCCCCUCCCCAGGGGAGGCGAUCCCGUGACGUCACUGCCUCUUUAAGACCCCCGCCUCCGCCCCCAAUCCCAGACUCGGCCAACGAAUCCCUCCGGUCACCUUCGCAGUGUGCCUGCUCUGAGCUGACAUGGCUUCCGCUGGUCUGCAAAUCCUGGGGAUGGUCCUGGCACUGCUGGGGUGGGUGAAUGCUCUGGUGUCCUGUGCCCUGCCUCUGUGGAAGGUGAGCGCCUUCAUCGGCAACAACAUUGUGGUGGCCCAGGUGACGUGGGAGGGGCUGUGGAUGUCCUGCGUGGUACAGAGCACCGGCCAGAUGCAGUGCAAGGUCUACGACUCAGUGCUGGCGCUGCCGCAGGACCU